UAAUAAUUAUUAAUUAUUAUUAAUGAUUAAUAACUAUGUUAAUGAUUAUUAUUUAACCAUCAGUAUUAUUACUGCCAGCCCUACCCAGUUUACUCCAGCAGGGAAGCUGACAUAAUACACUAAGUCAGCCAUUCACAUUAUUUGGGAAAAAGUCAGGGCAACAAUACAUAAACACACACACACACACAGACAUAUAUACAUAUGUGUAUAUACACAUAUACAUACCUGUGUGCUUACCUAAUGUAUGUAAGAACAUUAAUGUGGCCUAGCCUGUUUUCUAAUUUAAAAAGCCAAAAAGCGUGAAAAAAAUAAUAAACUUUACACUGGAAAUCUCAAAAAAUAGAGGGUCCCGGAGCACAGCCAGCAGCUGUCCUUAAGCACCUCCCUUGAAAGCAUGACCUGUGGCCUGCAAAGGCGUACAUCUCGCUCGAGGUGAUUGUAGGUGCAGAGCUUGGUGCAAACAAGGGGAGGCAAGCCCCUCGUGGAAGGCCUUUUUCAUUCCUUUCCCCAGACUUAUAUUUCUUUGUAACCAAUCAUCUCUUCCAGAUUGCACAAGCCUUCACCGAAUCCAUCAGUCUCUCAACUACUGGCUACUUCAAAGGCUACCAGACGAACAUGGACUGGGAGAAGGAGGAAGGUGACGCUUUCCCAUAUUUUGUUUAUGGAGCAUCUUGUUCUGAGGUUGAAGUGGACUGUCUGACGGGGGCUCAUAAGCUCCUCAGGACGGACAUCUUCAUGGAUGCUGCUUUCAGCAUAAACCCAGCCCUGGACAUCGGACAGGUUGAAGGAGCGUUUAUCCAAGGCAUGGGAUUAUACACCACAGAAGAACUGAAAUACUCCCCAGAAGGCGUGCUUUAUUCUCGGAGUCCAGACGACUACAAAAUUCCCACCGUCAAUGAAAUACCCAAAGAGUUCCGUGUCACAUUGGUGCGUUCUCAAAAUCCCAUAGCCAUCUAUUCAUCCAAGGGGCUGGGUGAGGCUGGAAUGUUCUUGGGAUCCUCCGUGUUGUUCGCCAUCUAUGAUGCAGUGGCUGCUGCCCGCAGAGAGAGGGGGCUGACCAAGACCUUCAUCCUGAGUAGCCCAGCAACCCCUGAGCUGAUUAGGAUGGCUUGUGUGGAUCAGUUCACCGACGUGAUUCCCAGAGAUGAUCCUUCAACAUUUACACCUUGGUCCAUCCAUGUGUCUUAAUCCUACAUUUCCCUCAGAAAAUGAAAGAAUACAUGAUUGACCUUAAAAUUUUCAAACCCGAACAAAAUAUAGGUUGGCUCCCAACUGUCAAGGAUAACUUUAGCAUCUUUAAAUUAUUCUCUGUGGUUUAGGUCACUGCAUGAUUGUGCUUUAGGGUGCAAAUUUUCACCAAGAGCUAUAAUGAAGCUUAGAGUCAAAAAUUCUCCUUUCAUUUGUAUUAUCCUGAAGAUCUACAGCAUCAUGGUUUUAAAAUAUGGUGGAGUUGCCACUACCCUGUAACAAUUCAAGAGAGACUGCCUGUACUUUGUUCUACAGAAAUCUGCUCACCCCCAAAAUCAUCUACCCCGAAAACUCUUGGGAUUGGAUUCCCCAAAGUCAAUGGUGUGCUGGUAAUAACCAGCUCCCCUGGAAAAAUCCAAGAUUUCUAGUGUUUGCCAAUUUCCACGGUGUAAAUACUCCCACACUGGCCAACUCCAAGCCACUGACAUGAGGUCUCUGAAUGCAGAGUUGGAAGAGAUGCUAGAAAUCGGCUCGUGAUCUCCAGCACUGCACGCCCACCACAGUCCCCAGGUUCCUGCCACUCCCAUGCAUCCCAUUCAGAUGGGGCUUAGAGAAGUAAGCCAUCAGGAGCGUCCAGCUGAUCCUCAUCUGCCAUGAGCAACAUGCAUGGUACAAUGUCUUCCUUACCCGGGAAACGACACAGUAUAGAACAGCUAUCUCAAAUCACUCUGGUAGCCCUUGGUUUGGCUUAGUGUCUAAAAGGUGAAGUCAGUACCACCUUUCUUUUGCCACAUCAAGGUGCCACAAAAUCCUCAGGGUUCUCUUUCAGUUAUUUCUUAGCUAUUUUACAUUGCCUUUUCCUGAGCAAAUGCAGUCUUAUGCCAGAGAAGAUGUUCAGUCCCCUGUAAGGUUUGAAAACACAAAUAAACUAAAUCAUUUGUUGGGA